UUGGUUGUAUGUUUCAAUAGUUUUUUUAAUGUGUAUCAUUUAUGAAUUUUUAUUUCAGUUUUGGAUAUUCUAGUAAAACAAGUUGAGAAAUGUUCCCUUGGUAAUCAUUUACAUAUUUUUCCCAUUGUAUUUUAGUUAACGUUCAUUUUAUUUCAAGUGACAAUUAUACAACUUUAACAACCCUUUGAAUUAUUGUUCUCUCCUGUAAACAUGUGUAUUAAGAAACAACUUGCAGCCCUUUUGUUGUUUUGUUAAGACGUUUGAUGGCAUUGGUUAGGUUUCACCUGAUUUACAGGAAGAUACCUGCUUUUUUGGUGGGGGAGGGACUGGAGAAAUGUGUGGGAGGUGUGCAAUGUUUUUUUUUUUACUUUUCUGAAGCUAUGCAUGAAGGAAGCCGUAUGUGUAUUAUAAACAAAGAUGUAUGUGAGCACACCUGUCAGUCGCCCGGCUGAACUCAGGGAAAACAGCCUACAGCAGUGAUGGCUUGUUUGGAUUUGACGAGCCUCUUUCUCAUGUUGUCUGUGCUGUUGGCAGUCACAGAAGCCUCUUUUGCGCAGUUCACCUACCAAGGAGCAUCAGCCCCUGGAGACAUCAUCAUUGGAGGUCUUUUCCCCAUCCAUGAGGCAGUAACAACAGUGAACUACACUGCCGCAAAUGGCUUCUCUCCUCCUCAGCGUCCCAUCUGCAGCAAAUUCGACUCAAAAGGUCUAAUUCAGGCUCUAGCUAUGAUUAAUGCUGUGGAAAUGGCAAACAGUUCCCCCAUGCUGAAAAGAUUGAACAUUACUCUUGGAUACCGCAUCUAUGACACAUGUUCUGAUGUCACGACUGCACUUUGGGCCGUCCAAGAUCUCAUACGGCCGUUCUUAGACUGUGAUUCACCAACAAACUCUUCUCAACCUGUCCAGCCUAUAACAGCGGUCAUUGGGACCAGUUCUUCUGAGAUCUCCAUCGCAAUUGCCAGAGAACUCAACCUUCUGCUGAUUCCACAGAUUAGUUAUGCAUCUACAGCUACAAUUCUGAGUGACAAAAGUCGUUUCCCAGCUUUCAUGAGGACCGUCCCCACUGAUGAGUACCAAACCCAUGCCAUGGUAAAACUUCUGAAGGACAAUAAAUGGACCUGGGUUGGCAUUAUCAUUACAGAUGGAGACUAUGGGCGUUCUGCCAUGGAAAGUUUUGUUAACCACACUGAAACCGAAGGAAUCUGUGUGGCCUUUAAGGCGAUCCUACCAGACUCACUAGCAAACGAACAAAAAUUAAACACCUACAUCAACAAGACAGUGGACAUCAUUGAAAAAAAUACGAAGGUUAAUGUGGUGGUCUCAUUUGCUAGAACAUCUCAAAUGAAGUUGCUAUUUAAGGGUCUACUGAGCAAGAAUGUUUCAAAUAAUAAGUUUUGGGUGGCCAGCGAUAGCUGGUCGACUGCUAAAGAUAUUCUGAAAGAUGUUAACCUCUCAGAUAUUGGAACAGUACUGGGUUUCACCUUCAAGAGUGGAAAUGUUACACCUUUUCAACAGUAUCUUAAGGAUCUACAGUUUAAAAGUGAAGAUAAGAUGAACAAUUCAUUCCUGAAGGAAUUUUUAAAUCAACCUGGUAUAAAAAGUGCUGCAGAAGCAGUACAGGAACUGAUCAAAAACACAUAUUCGGAAAUGGUCUUCAACAUUCAGAUGGCAGUCAGUGCUAUCGCUAAUGCUGUAGCUGAACUAUGCGUAAUAAGACAAUGCAAGACCCCAACACCUAUCCAGCCCUGGGAGCUCCUUAGACAGUUGCGGAAUGUCACUUUUGAGAAAGAAGGAGUAAAGUACAAUUUCGAUGAGAAUGGUGACAUUAAUUUGGGCUAUGAUAUCUGCCUAUGGGAUGAACAAGAAGGACAUGGAAAAAUAGCAGAAUACGAUCCAUCCAAAAGCAGUUUCACUUUUACAAGCAAGAAUCUAAGUGAUUUUGAGAAUGUGGUAUCUAAGUGUUCAGACACCUGUCAGCCAGGGCAGUACAAAAAAACAGCAGAGGGUCAGCACACUUGUUGUUACGAGUGCCUUGCCUGCGCGGAAAACCAAUAUUCCAACCACACAGAUGCAGAUUCAUGUUCCCAGUGUGACACUAAGAGUAUGUGGUCAAACGAUAAUAGCUCAGAAUGUCAACCCAAGACUUAUGAGUACUUUGAGUGGAAGAGUGGGUUCGCCAUCGCUCUGUUGUCGCUGGCAGCCCUCGGCAUCCUCCUCCUCUUCUCGUUGUCUGCACUGUUCUUCUGGCAAAGGCGCUCUCCGGUGGUAAAGGCUGCAGGCGGACCCCUUUGUCAUCUGAUUCUUUUCUCGCUGCUGGGCAGUUUUGUCAGUGUCAUUUUCUUUGUGGGUGAACCGACCAAUUGGACGUGUAUGGUGAGGCAGGUUAUUUUUGGUCUGAGCUUCACGCUGUGUGUCUCAUGCAUCCUGGUCAAGUCCUUGAAGAUCCUUCUGGCAUUCCAGAUGAAUCUAGAGCUAAAGGAGAUACUGGACAGGCUCUACAAGCCAUACGUGAUCAUCUGCAUCUGCACAGGGCUGCAGAUCAUCAUCUGCACUGUUUGGCUGACCUUGUACAGGCCUUUUAAAGACAAAGUAGUGCAGCCCAAAGUUAUUCUGCUGGAAUGCAAAGAAGGCUCAACUGUGAUGUUUGGGUUAAUGCUGGGAUACGUAGUUUUGUUGGCACUUAUAUGUUUCACGUUUGCUUAUAAAGGCAGAAAACUUCCGCAGAAGUAUAAUGAGGCCAAGUUCAUCACAUUCGGUAUGCUCAUCUACCUCAUGGCCUGGGUCAUCUUCAUCCCUGUGCACGUCACCACCAGUGGCAAAUAUGUACCGGCUGUGGAGGUGGUUGUUAUUCUUAUUUCAAACUAUGGAAUCCUGAGCUGCCACUUUUUGCCGAAAUGUUACAUAAUUAUUUACAAAAAGGAGCACAAUACCAAAGACGCAUUCAUGAAGAAUGUUUAUGAAUACGCUAGAAAGAGUGCUGAGAACAUCAGAGGCUUGAAUGGAACUGAGCCACGGAGUAAAAUAGAGAAUUCAGUCUACAUUAUAUCCAAUCCAUCACUUGUGCCUGAGGAGGAACAAGUUUCUGAACCAAAAAUAGAUACUGCACCUUAAAAAAUAAUACCUGGAUGUAAGAAUUCAUGAUCAUGAGUCAAAGGCAUGUCAAAACUUCUCCAGGGCCCCGAAAAUCCUCAGAACCCAGAGGGUUAACUUAAAUAGACUGAGUUAAAAGAAAUACCUAGCUUUAUGAUGAUCAAUCUGAAUGAUGAUUAAUACUUUAAUUUAAUUGUAAAAAAAAAAAAAAAAAAAAAAAUGUUUAUAUGUAUUGUGUAUAUGCUGUAUAUAAAUUGUUUAAUUUAAAAAAAAUGUAACAUAACUUUCAUUGUUCAUUGUUAGUUCAUGAUACUUAAUGCAUUAAUUAAUGUAAAACUGAGCCGUUACCUGUUUAAUUUUGCAUAUCCAACAUCAUCUGGAAAGAAAAAAAAUAUUUGUAAAAUGUACACAUUUGUUAAAUGUAUAUGGAUGUAUACUGUGUAUAAAUUGUUUAAUUGUAGCAAAAUCUCAAUAGUUUAAUUUGUUAAUAUUAGUCAAUGUAUGAUUAAACUAACAAUAAACUGUUGUUUUCAACAUUAACAA